AUGACGAAAAGGUUUGGCGCCAGAAGAAAGUCUAUAAAUCUAUCCAUUCCCAAUCAGCGACUCGUUAGAGCGUUUGGACUUACCAACACGUUCGUAAGCGCUGGCACCGCUGUCCGCGACCAGUUUCGAAGGGAUGCCUUGGCGCUACUCAAUGGUAGAGCAUCCCGUCUAGGAUGGGCCGAAUACCUCGAGGUAGCUCUCGAGUCCGUAAAAGCUUCACUGUCGGACGAGAGGCCCUUCGAUCAAUUUAUUCAGAUAACCACCCUUAGAAUCAUUUUGAUCGUUCUGCUAGGGGUACCCAGUCUUCCGGAAGAGCUGAACGGUGAUGAUCUUCAAAUCACAGCAGGUCUCAUUUCGGAACUAUGGGAUCAGUCCAAGACCAGUUCACCCACAGACAAGGUCAAGCUCGACCUGCUCAAUCUGCAUCUUCGCCGACUUCUCGUGCGCGACCUCGAUGCGUUCCCGAAUCCUUUAGAUAUCGUCAUACCCGCUUGGGAGACCCUUUGGAGGGUUAUUGCCACUACAGUCGCUUACGUUCAUGAUAACCAAAGUUAUCGAGAGGCUUUUGGUGGUUUACGGAACAGUCAGGACCCAGGGAGGACGUUCUCAAGCCCCAACGCCGAAGAUGGGUCUAGCGUCCAGUCUAUCAUCACGGAAAUUUUACGUCUGCAUCCGCCGUCUAGGAGGAUACAUCGCGCAAUCAGCUGCUCUCCCUUUUUUAUUCCCCGAGCCUUGAAGGGAGUUUUUCGCAGCACACGCCUUGAAGUUGCUGAUAUUGAAGCUUUGCAUCGUUCGUCGGAGAUUUGGGGUCCUUCAUCCAACGAAUUUCAGCCAGCGAGGCAUGAUGAAUCCAAGGAGAGCGAAGGGAUAGAUUCGGAUCGGAAAAUUUUGGCUUUCGGGAGUGGUCGUUUACAGUGCCCGGCUAAGAAAUGGGCACCACUGGCUGCUGCAAUGGCAGUGGCCGCGAUUCUGGAGUUUUUGGAAUCGGAUUCGGGUUACACCUUGGUCAGGGGGGAGACAAUUGGAAGUAGGAAAGGGUGGGAAGGGUGGAUGAUUAGGAAAAUGCACGACAUUGCAUGA